CUUUGUAUGUUAGGUACGCUUCCACCUUUCAACCCCACUCUUACACCAAUCCCUUCAUAAUCCACAUUGUCAUAAAUUCAUUAAACUCUCUGACUUUCUCAUCCGAACCUCCUCUCAUGUCUUCUUCAGGUAUUUCCUUUGAAUCACCAUCAAACUCGCCGCCACCACCUCCUUCCACCACCGCCGUACCUCCUGCCGCCGGUGUACCCAAAUUCAAGUCAACACCUCCACCUUUACUUCCCAUUACCCCACCGGCGUUCUCACCUUCCUCCUACUUCUCUUUCACCGGUGGUCUCACCUCCGCUGAUCUUCUCGACUCCCCUCUUCUCCUUUCUUCUUCGCACAUUUUACCAUCUCCAACGACUGGUUCUUUCCCUUUACAAGCCUCCAACUGGACAUCCAACUAUCAAAGUCAAGAACACGGCAUAAAGAAAGAACACGACAAUUUCACAGAUUUCCCAUUUCAAACCCAAUCAAAUCCUCACACAAAACAGAGCUUUGAAUCAAAUUACCCAACUGAUCGUAACAUCUAUAAUCAUCGAUCGUCACAGAAGAAGUUGGAUGAUGGGUAUAAUUGGAGAAAAUACGGGCAAAAACAAGUGAAAGGUAGUGAAAAUCCAAGAAGUUAUUACAAGUGUUCCGAUCGAAAUUGUUCAACGAGGAAGAAGGUGGAGACAUCUUCAGAUGGGGAUAUUACAGAGAUUGUUUAUAAAGGAAGUCAUAAUCAUCCGAAACCACAAUCCACCAAACGAUCAUCUUCUUCAUCAGUUUCCAAUAAUUCACUUGUAGUGAAUCAAUUUAGUGAUUUCCCAUAUCAAUCUCAUGGUUCUCGACAAUGGGAAUUGGUUGGAACGCCGGAAAAUUCAUCAGUUUCUGUCGGAGAUGAUGAGUUUGAUCGGAGUACGUCAGGUGGAGAUGAGUUUAUUGAAAAUGAAACUCCGGCUAAAAGACUGAAGAUAGAGAGUGAAAACGAAGGGAUAAGUAGGACUGUAAGAGAAUCGAGAGUUGUUGUUCAAACCAUAAGUGAUAUUGAUAUACUCGAUGAUGGAUAUAGAUGGAGAAAGUAUGGCCAAAAAGUAGUGAAAGGGAACCCUAAUCCGAGGAGUUACUACAAGUGCACCACUCCUAAUUGCUCAGUUAGAAAACAUGUGGAACGCGCAUCUCAUGACAUGCGCUCGGUGAUAACGACCUACGAAGGGAAGCACAAUCAUGAUGUGCCACCGGCUCGUGGUGUUGGUCACCGACAAUUACUGUCUAGCAACCAGGACAACAAUGUGGCCAAUGUGACAAUUAACGCAUCGAAACUGUUUCAUCACCAUCCUAAUGACUCUAUGAUCAAUCAAAUAUAUGGGUCCACGUUACCUGCACUAUCAGAAACACAGUUUACAUUAGAGAUGUUGCAGAGUUCACAGAGUUUUGGGUUAUCAGGGCCAGAGAACUCUAUACGGUCUUCUUACAUGAGUCGACAACCAAGUUCGGGGAGUAUUUUUGCUAAAGCUAAAGACGAACUAAUUGAAGACGGAAACUUUUUGGAGACCGUGCUGAGUUGAGGUUGUUUUUGCAAGGAUUGAACUUGUUAAUACUCAUACAUGGAGGGUUAUUAUAGAAAAUAUAUGAGUGAUAUUCUUUUAUUGUUCAUUGACAUACUUUUGUUUUGGGAAAUGUUACCAUUUGUUUAUUUUUUUGAUUGUUGUAAUAUAUUCUUCACAGAAACCAUG